GACGUCAGAGUGACGCAAGGACGCGGUGUCGUCAUCUAACCGGAAGUUGCAGAGGGAAAUCAGUGGAGUCGCGUUGGCAUUUCUAUCAGCCGACGCUCGAGCUCGAGAGAGAUACCGAGCUUGUUCGCGACUUCAGGAACAGGACAUGAUAAGGUCCCCACCAUGGACACAGAGAUGAUGCCGAAAUUCUCCUCGAAAGAUGAGGAAAUCGAUUACUGGAAGUGCUUGUCGCUCAAAUACAAGAAGAGUUAUCAUGACGCUCAGGAGGAGCUGCAGGAGUUCCAGGAAGGCAGUCGGGAGCUGGAGGCCGAGCUGGAAGCUCAGCUGGGUCAGGCUGAACACCGCAUCCGAGACCUGCAGUCAGAGAACCAGCGGCUGAAGAGCGAGGUGGACACGCUCAAGGAGAAACUGGAGCAGCAGUACGCACAGAGCUAUAAGCAGAUCUCCAUGCUGGAGGACGACCUGGUCCAGACGCGGGGCAUCAAGGAGCAGCUGCAUAAAUAUGUCAGGGAGCUGGAGCAGGCCAACGACGACCUGGAGAGAGCCAAGAGGGCCACCAUCACAUCUCUGGAGGACUUUGAACAGAGGCUAAACCAGGCGAUAGAGCGGAACGCCUUCCUGGAGAGCGAACUGGACGAGAAGGAGUCUCUGCUGGUCUCAGUGCAGAGGCUGAAGGAUGAAGCUAGAGACUUGCGGCAAGAGUUGGCUGUACGAGAGAGGACUUCAGAUGUUGCCAGGAUGUCGGCCCCCAGUUCUCCCACCCUAGACAUUGAUAAGACAGACUCUGCUGUACAGGCCUCCCUGUCCCUCCCAGCCACACCUGUAGGGAAAAACAUGGACCAUCCUUUCAUUGUUUCCAAAGCAUUGACCAACGGCUGUGGAAACUCCCCCCUAACACCGUCUGCACGCAUCUCAGCCCUUAACAUCGUUGGUGACCUUCUGCGGAAAGUCGGGGCUCUUGAGUCUAAACUAGCUGCCUGUAGGAACUUUGCCAAGGACCAGGCAGCAAGGAAAAGUUACGCCACAGGAAACGGAAACCUCAUCAACAGCAAUGCAACCAAGUUCUCUCAUUCACUCCACACUACGUAUUUUGAUAAGACGACUAUGAAUGGACUGGACCCCGGUGCCCUGACCGCCAUGGCUUCCCCACGAACCGUGUCUCCUCCCGGCAUGCUCCCUCUCAGCGUGUGACAGACGGUCCCAGAAGCUCGACCUCCACACAAGUUGGACACAUUGCAGAAAUGGAGAGGACACUCGAAAGAAUGUGUGAGAGUGUGCGUGAGAGAGACUGAGAAGACGUGCCUCAAGCCUGUCUGACAGAUACAUGUCAGGCGUGAGGGGCCGUUACUGUGAGCGUCCCGCGUGCUUCUGUUGACCUCUGUUCUCACGAGGUUUAAAGCCAGCAAAACGACAAAGGUCUGGGUCGGACCACAGCUUCUGUGUGAGUGUUUUUAGUGUGUCGCACAAUUUAAAAGAUGUUCAGCAAAUGUAAAAAGGAUUAAAAAGAAUGAAAAGGGAUUUUCUUUUGAGGUGAACGUCACUGUAUGCGUAACGCAAAUGAGUGUUUGUAUGAGUGUUUGGGGCAUGUGUCGAUUUGAACGUCCCCUCAGCUUUGAUUUCCAUGUUCAGUAAAGGGUCUAUAUGUGGAGGUCAGCAGAUAUAUAUUUUUUUUUUACUGGAACAAAUGCCAAGAAAAGCUUCAUGUUAAAUAACAUCACCUACCUUUAAAAGCGCCCCUUUAAUGAAUUAUUAACCCAGCUGGCUGGACACCGGCCUGCGUAAUGCAACCUUUCUUUUAGGGCUUCAAAAGGUAUGUAUGUUUCCAAGACUCCACUCUGCACUUCCACAGUUACAAAGUGUUUACUGUGUUUAGAUCCCAUGAGCCGCAAUGGUCAUCAUCAUCCUGUAUUGAUGCAAACAACAAAUACGCUUUGACUGUAAAUCGGUCUCUGUGCAAUGUGACAGAACUUGUCGGUGGUUGUAUGAACCUCAUUUCUAUCCCAUGUGCCUCUGGAUCUGCUGGUGAGUUUGAUAUUCACUGUUUAUUUAUUUCACUCAUGGAACGGAAGCCAACUUAUAUGUUUAUCACAGUGUUUAAGUUCAGUUCAUUUACGCCAGACUUCAACAUAAAGUAUUGGAGCACUUGUUAGUGUUAAAUAACCCUUUUGAGUCUUUGGUUUCACAUGCACUUUGUUGGCUGUUUUGUUAUAUUUUGUGUAUAUAGAUUUGUAAACAUGGCAGCGUUGCCCAGUAAAGUCUGUAGAUACUAAAACUGGGCUGAUAUGCUGUUUAAUUUAUUUCAGAAAGUUUAUGGCAUGUUUUGACACAAGGAUUGAAUUUUACAUUCUGCACAUUGGUUUAAAAUCAUAUAUCAAGAUGUAAAAUUGGUUGUCUAAUAUGUGCAAAUAAAUAAAGGGAAAAAUGA